AAUUUUACAUUGACUGCAAUCACGUCGCUUUGCAACGCAAGAUUUUAUAAUAAGAAUUUUUAAAAUAAGAUAUUAAUUUGAAUUGAGUAUAUAAUAAUAAAUACAAAAAUGUCGAAAGUGCCAUUUGUUUUAAGCUUUGAUUCGCCUACUUACUACAAUCACGACAUUUUUCCCAAUAACAUGUAUCGCCGUCUGCAUGAACGAGUACAUCAUCCUUUGGAUAUGUACACUUUGGGCUUAAUGGCACGCCUUGGUGUACAUCAGCAUCAUAAAAAGAAUAAUGGGGAUUUAGCAACUAUUCACGUAAAUGAGAAUAAAAAAGAUUUCGAAAUCCAUUUGGACGUUGGACUUUUUCAACCAGAAGACUUAUCAGUUAAAUUAGUUAAUGAUUUUAUUGUUGUCGAAGGAAAUCAUGAAGAAAAAGAAGAUGAGCAUGGUCACGUAAGCAGACAUUUCGUACGACGUUAUGCGCUUCCAAAGGAUUGUGAUGCUGAUAAAAUUGUGUCGACUAUGUCAGUCGAUGGUGUAUUAACUGUGCGUGUACCAAAACUACAGGACACUACAACUACUGAACGUAUUAUACAAAUACAACAAACUGGUCCAUCAGAUCUAUUCAUAAAAAAUAAUGGUGAAAAGGAAAAUUAAAUUAAAUCUAA